AAAUCACUCCAUUCGUCUUAUGAGACGUGGCUAAAAGCCGGUAAAGUACGGGUACAAAACGUCGACUGGUAGUCGUGGGAGAUACAUACGUUGUACUUUGGUCGUUUAACUUAUGUUAUUGUGUCAUUGGUAAUAUCGAUAAUAUUUUCUGAUUUGUGAUUUUCUUGCUGGUAAUUUUAAAACAUGCCAAGGAGCAAUAAAAGGUUUAAAGCAACUGUAGCUGUCACAUAUCAUGAUGAGGAUGGCCAUGUUGAGAGAGAGGAGGUGCAUUUGUCAGAAUUGGUUACUGAGGAUCAUAGAGGAAGCUGUUCUAUUAACAGUCCUGAUAAUUGUGGUGCAUUGGAAGGCCAUGAACUGGGAAUGGAACAAGAUAACAGUGAUCUUGAAAUUUAUGUUCACCAUGAUUGUGAAGAAUCAUCUUCUUAUUACCAGAAAGUUGAAAGAAAACAAAAAGCAUGGGAAAAUUUGCGACAUUCAAUUAUCAAAGAUAAAUUUCAGUUUACUGGCAAAAAUUGGAGCAAUCUGAAGUGUAUUCAUUGUGAUAAUGAAGCAAAGUUUAGGUGCAGCGAUUGUGGUCCAAUGGCAAAGUAUUGUGAGAACUGUAUGUUAAAGAUGCACACAACCGUAAAUAUUUGUCAUCAUGUUGAAAUAUUUAAGGUAACCUUUAUGAGCUAGAUAUUAUAAAAGUGUUUACAGUUAACUCUCUCAACACUUGCAACA